ACGCCUCCAAAAUGUAUCAUCAAAGUUGAUGUGUUCUCCAUCAUGAAAAUCCCUGCAAUUCCACUGCUCGGUCUGCUUUCCACUCUAACUUCAACCUCUCCUCUUCACCAUGCUUCUUGUGUUUCACCACAUUCUAUCUCCAAUUCCUCAAACACAUACGAUUACAUCGUCACGGGUAGCGACCCGGGCGGCGGCACUAUCGCUUCAAAUCUAGCUCGCGCUGGCUACUCUGUUCUGCUGAUUGAAGCCGGAUCUGAUGCUUCAUCCGACAUCCGUACUCAGGUACUUGCUUUGAAUGACUUCUCGAACGCGAAUGUAGCCUGGCAUUUUUUUGUGAAGCACGGUGAUGAUGAAGAGAGGCUGAAAAGGUAUAAUUUGUUGGUUUGGAGAUUGGAGAAUGGGGAGUAUUGGGUUGGGAAAGAUCCCAGUGCUGAAGGACACGUAAAUGCUGAGAGGUUGGGUAUUUUCUACCCAAGGGGUGCUACGCUGGGUGGAAGUGCAAUAAUCAAUGCCGCCGCGACAUUCCUGCCGAGUGAUAGCGACUGGGAUUUUUUUGACAAAGGAAUUGAAGAUGGUGUUUGGAGCGCCAAACUGAUGCGUGAAUACUUUGAGAAGAUUGAGCACAACAACUACCUUGACAAAGACACUCCCGGCCACGGCUUCACAGGCUGGCUGCAGACCAAUAUUGCCGAUCGUGCCACUCAUGCAGCUUCAACACUUCGCUUCAAGGUCUUCGAAGCAUGCUUGAGAUUGGUGGGAAAGGAUCCAGAAAAGGUUUUGGACUAUCUCACUAGCGACGGUAACUACCUGGAUCCAAUGCGUGACCAGUCAGAGGGUUUAUGGUCACUGCCUUAUCACGUUACACCGAACUGGAGGCGCUUCAGUCCACGCCAUCGUGUUCUGGAAACGCGUAAUCUGACGAAUGCGACGCUGCAUCUCCAACUCGAGUCUUUGACCACGAAGGUGCUGUUCGAUAGCUGCAGUGGUAAUGAUACGAAGCCGCGAGCAGUUGGAGUCGAAUAUCUUCAAGGCAAGUCGGUAUACAAGGCCGAUCCGCGCCGCAACGCUUCCAGCACAGGCACUCUACAUCAAGCUUUCGCUCGAAAAGAGGUCAUUGUGUCUGGCGGUACCUUCAACUCCCCGCAGAUUCUGCAACUCUCUGGCAUCGGGCCCAAAGCCCUCCUCGAUAAAUAUGAUAUUCCCGUAGUCUCUGACUUACCAGGAGUGGGACGCAAUCUCCAGGACAAUUACGAGAUACCCGUCUACGGAAACGCUCAGGUCAGCUUGGCGGCAGCGCCUGAUCCCGAUGCUCCACAAUGUACAUACGGUGCUCCAGGCGAUCAUAAGUCAUGUCUUGAUGUUUGGUACAAGGGGGAAGGGCCCUACUCGCGAGGUGACUCAAACUCAAACGCCUUCCUCAUCAAGACGCCCCACGCAGUCGAAGGCGAAAGAGAUGUGCUUAUGUUCGCCGGCACAGGCAGAGCUUUCGCCGGUUUCAUGCCCACGGAAUUUUUCAACCGUACAUCCUAUCCUCCCUCCACGUUCUCCUGGUCAACAGUUAAAAUCCACCCCCAAAAUACCGCCGGCUACGUACAGAUCCAGUCAGCAAACGCAAUCGAUACACCAGAAGUGAAUCUGAACUAUUUUGCCGAGGGUGCAGAGACAGAUCUCAAUGCCAUGCUCGACACAGUUGCUUUUGCGCGUAGAGCCUUUGCUUCUACCGAAGCACCAGUUGGUCCUGUAAUCUCUGUUUCUCCACCUUGCCCACCUGGAGACAUUCUUGACACAGGCUAUUGUCGAGACACGCAAAUUGACAAAGACUGGAUACAAGACCAGGCUUUCAGUCACCACCCUACAAGCACGAAUAAGGUUGGGCCAGACUCUGAUCCUUUGGCUGUACUAGAUACGAGGUUGAGACCCGCUGGCCAAAACUUGCCCGCCAACCAGUUCCACUCCAGCACAGUACACGAAACGCUCAGAGCGAUACAACCCUCAAACAGUCCGGUACCCAUAAUCGAAAGCCACAACAUGAAGCUCCUCACCUUGAACUUCCUCACCUGCGCCAUAAAAACCUGCAAAACAAACCCCGCAUCCUUCCCCCUACACCCGCGCGACGCCGAACUCGAAAUCGUAGAAGCAGACGUCAACCUAGCCUUUCUCAAAAACAUCUUGCCGAGGUUGAUGUGGAAUGAGUUGAGGGGAAUAUGCAGUGAGCUCGGUCUCCCUGAACUUCCACCAACAGCACCCACACCCGCCGACCUUGUCGAGCCUUCUUCUACCUCUGCCUCUGCGUUAGAUACCACGGAGGCGACACCGGCAACAGCAACUGAACAAGUAGAAGAGGAGCCUAGCCAGACAGCGAAGGAUCUACAUAGGAUAUUACUCGAGACAUGUAUACAAGAGGGCAAGCUAGUAUGUGGAGCAUGUGAGCAUGAGUAUGCGGUCAAGGAGGGCGUCGCGAACUUCCUGUUACCGGGACACCUGGUGUGA